CCUCUGAAUAGUGUUCAUCUUUGAGUCUGGAUCAAAAUGACUCAGUGAAACUGAGACACUGACACGAAGGGAAGGAAACAACACAGAGUCAAACCUAAUAACAGAAACAAGUCAUCCCCUCCCCCCGCCUCGUCUCCUCUCAGGGUCAUGGAGGAUCUGUCCCUCUCCCUGCUGAGUCGGGGGUGUGGUCGCUUCGUGUCGUCCAACAGGAGCAGAAGUGAAGGACGUCUGGAGGUGUGCUUCACGCCACAGGAUUACUUCAUCUGGAGGUCACAUGACUCCCUCCUGAGACUGUCCCGAAGUGGCCACCUGCUCGUGGAGGCGGAGUCGACCCUCCCAAAGACCUACAGCACUCGUAGAGGACCCCUGCUGCUGUACUCCCAGGGUUUGAUAACGGUGGAAGCCAGCCGUGACUCAGAGAGGAGGCGGAGGAGGAAACAGGUUGUUCAGGAGUGCAAACAGGAAGUGGAACAACAGCUGAGCACCCUCAAAGAGCUAACGGCGGCCAUUUUGAACUACUGCAACAACCAGGGUGUUCAUCUGAAGGUGUCUUUACUUUGUAUGACAGAGUGUCAAAUCACAACAAGUGUGCGUCCGUCUCCUCUUCUUCUACAGAAACAGACAGACCGCUUCUGUGGAGGACAGGAGCGCGUUCAUACCUUCUGUUCUUCUUUCUUCCAGUUCGUCUUCUCCAGACUCGGUCCGUCCUUCUUCCCUAGUCUUCAUUUCCCCUUUGAUCCGGACCAUCAGAGUACCAGCCCUCUACCCAUCUUCAACACACCAGAGCUGUUCAGUCCAGAUUUACGUGAACAGCUGAGCUCCUUUUGGAGCUGUGGUCCAGAUCCUGCAGACAGAAACACAGCACACCUGGAGAAUCCACCUGCAGGUAAACACAUCCUGUUAGAUCCUCAGACCACUUUCUCUGCAGAGGAAGAGGAGGAGGAAGAGGAGGAAGAGGAGGAGGAAGAGGAGCAGCAUGGCAGCAGGAAGAGAGUCAGGCUGGACCUGUUCCUGCAGAUUCCCUGCACCACCAGGACUCCAAGUCCUCAGAGCGAGCCUCAGCCCUGGGUACAUUAUGUAGCAAUGACCCCUGGAGCACCUGCAGAACCUGGAGGACCUGCAGAACCUGGAGCACCUGCAGAACCUGGAGCACCUGCAGAACCUGGAGGACCUGCAGAACCUGGAGGACCUGCAGAACCUGGAGCACCUGCAGAACCUGGAGGACCUGCAGAACCUGGAGCACCUGCAGAACCUGGAGCACCUGCAGAACCUGGAGGACCUGGAGAACCUGCAGAGCCUGGAGAACCUGGAGAACCUGGAAGACGUGGAGGACGUGGAGGACCUGGAGAACCUUUAGGACUUCAGCGUCCUAAAAGUUCACAGAACCCUGAAACAAGCCGUCCAGGAUCAAGGGAGGAGCGCCGUCAUCUGAACUCUGAACGCGAUACUCACGGCUCAGGAACACCUGCAGAUAAAAGUGACUCUGAGCGAUCCAUGCACAGGAGCAGACACAGGAGGACAGGCCUCCUCCCUCCUCUGACACAGGGACCGUCGGGCUGUGAUGGAGCGUCCUGGGACAGAACAGAGAGGCAGAGAUGGGAUGGCUCCAGCAUUGACGCACACCAUGCACAGCUCCUUCCUCCAAUAGCAGAGAGCCCUGCUGGGACCCCGAGCUGGAGGACCCGAGUCCAGACCAUCCAGCAGGAUCCACGAGCAAAGUCCGAGAGAGUUCAGUCCCAAGACAAUCUGAUGAGACUCCAUCAGCAGCCGCUCAUUCUGCCUCAGCUGUUUCCUGAAAUGUUAGGCGGGAAGAAAAACAGAGCAGGAAGUGAAACAACACAGAGACUGUACUUGAAGAAAGUAUGGCAGGUGGGAGGAGGAGAAGAAGGAGGAGGAGGAGGAGGAGGAGGAGGAGGAGGAGGAGGAGGAGGAGGAGGAGGAGGAGGAGGACUACCCUCUGAGAAAGGCUCCAUGAUGUUCCUGGAUCCUGGAGGAGAGCCUCUUCCUCCUCUUCCUCCUCUUCCUCCUGCAGGAGUUUCAGGUUGUGUUGCAGGACGUAAAGGCCCGGGAAGGCAGAGCUCUGCGGCCUUCUUACAGAACCAGCUCCUCAACCUGCAGGAUCCCCGUGAACCCGGCCCUGAGGACCGAGGGGUCAUCAGGGGCGUCCUGCCUCUGGAGCUGAGAGACCUGCAGAGCGACAGACCGGUCGGCUGCCUGAUUGUUGGGCCUGAUGGAGAGAUCCUGAAACUGUCUCUGUAUGAGAACAGUCAGGAACCACCUGGUGGAGAAGGAAACACACAGAAACAAGCUCUGCAGGUUCUGUCUCAAGAAGGAGAGCGGUUACCCUGGCUCAUCAUGCUGCAGCCUGAACACACACACACAGGAGGAGGGCUGAGGCUGAGCGCAGAUGUACCUCUGGAUGAAAUCCAGCUCCAUCCCUCCACACACGAGCAGCUCUCAGACCUCCACAGACCCACUGACGCACGCUCACCCAGCAGCAGCAGCACAGACUCAGAGACCAGGAAACAAACACAGAGAGCAGAGGCAGGGAGCAGACUCAAGUCAGAGAAGAAGGACACGAGGAUGCCUCCUCUGAAGGAGACGGGAUGGAGGGAGGAGCAGGGAGGAGGCGAUGCUGAGAGAGAGGAGGGUGAGGAGGAAACGCUGAGUGGAGAGACGGAUCGUCCGUCUGGAUCACAUCAGACCGGGCAGAAGAGCAGAAACCGGGAUGAAGCAACAACAGAGGAAGCUUUGGACAGAAGGAGGACAGACAUGAAGACAGAGGAUCCUGGAGAGGCUGCAAGAACAACAAGAGAAAGAGUCGUUAAAACAGAGAGAGGGGCUGAAUCAGAUGGACGGAGGACGAGGAAGGAAGAGAGAGCUCAAAAAGAGAAGAUGAGAAGUGAUGCUGACUCCAUCAGGAGCAGGACGGACACAGCAGAGACUCAGGACCGACCCGCUCUCUCUGCUGAUGUGAAAAAGAAGACGAGAGACCAGGAGGGGAACAGGAGAGAGGAGAGAGAAGGACGAGGAGACGGGGCGAGGAAGAAACAAGACUCUGCAGGGAAGAAGAGGAGGAGGAGAGGAACGCUGAAACACAAAGAGAUGGUUUUUGAGGACGCUCUGGAGAAAGAGGAGGAGGAGCUUAACCAGGAGACCACAAACAAGUCUCUCUUAAAGUCCACAAAGCGUCUCUCUGCAGCUCAGGAACAUCACACACUGAGCUCUGCAGACUCAGAUCAUCUCCACGCCCUCUCUGACAAACACAGCAGUGUCCAAUCAGUGAGCUCGCUCAGGUCCACCGCUGCUGCUGCAUCUCGCUCCAACCUCAGCAGCUCCAGGAGGUCUGUCUCCUCGUCCUGCGAGGGGGCCAGACCAGCCAGCGGCGUGGGUCUCACUUCCUCACACGGCCGCCUGUCGUCGUGUUCGACUGUCAUGGUGCCGGAGGAACAGCUGAUGCUGAACCCUGUGAAGCCUGAGUCCUCCGGGCCCGGACAGACUCAGAGACGGGUGGAGGAGAAGGAGGAGAAGGAGAAGGAGGAGGAGGAGGCUGCAGCUCUGCGUCUGGCUCAGAGAGCUGAGAGGCGGAGGCAGGAGGUGGAGAGGAAGAGGAAAGAGAGAGAGGAAGAAGAGAGGAGGCAGCAGGAGAGGGAGCAAACAGAGGACAGGAUGAAGAGCGAGCUGGAGGAGGAGAGGAGGAAGAGAUCUGCUCAGCUCAGGUGA